AUGUCAUUACUGGCCAUUUCACUAAUUUUUCUCAUCUUAUCGAUUUCUGUUUAUACCAACUCGGACGAAGAAGAAAGUGAGACAUCAAUGAUCAAAAUCAUCGAACCAAUUGGACCAUGUAUUAAUAGCCAAUGCCCAAGACGCCACAUAUGCAGAAAUGAAAAGUGUUAUCCGAAUAGCUUAAAAGCUGAAACUUAUCGAUCACAAAGAAAACUUGAAUCAAUCGGACCAUGUAUUGGUGGUUUGUGUCCUAAGAAUUAUGAAUGCUUCGAGGACGAUCAGUGCUAUACAGUACCAGAGGAAUAA